CCCCUCAGUCUCAUCAAUCUUGAGGACAAACAGGUCUCCAAACCACCCAACAAACAAGACUUGACAAUGCAAUUGCAGGGGAUGGUUCCUUUUUCCCUCCUCAGGCACCAUUUUCUUUCCAGGGUUAUGGGGUAAAAGGUUGCUCUUUGAAGGAGUGUGGAAAAGGGUACAUGGUGAUGAACAUGUUCAGAGAAUGUGGCUAUGGUUUCUGUGAGUGAGGUCCCCUAAUUGCAGGACAACUUGGGGCCAGUUGUAGUAGGCAGAGGGGUUUAAAAUGAGAUCAUGUUUACCAAUGGACUUGACAUUUGAAAAUUGAGACAACUUUCCAACUUUGUCUUUGCCAGGUGAGCUGUUCGAAAGUGAUUACACGGUCACAUUAUAGGAUGGAUGAUAUGUACAGCUAGGCAACUGUGUGCGGUUUGUGAAAAAAGGCUCCGAGGAUAAGGUGGUCGGGCAAGUCUUUGUAAUCUGCUGGAUUUGAGUUAAUGGAACUAGGUUACUGCCAAUUUUGGUUCGGUUUGGUUGGAUUCGAUCUAUCGACCGUGGAUAGUUAUCUGUAUGACAUUUGAGCAAUGGGGAGUGGAGGUAAUGCUACUCUUCUUUGUCGGUACAGUCAAUACUAUGAAUGUCGAAAGUAAAAUAUUAGUCAUGGUGGACAAGGUUACAGAUCAUAUAGUUACCUUCCCCUACACUCUGUUUUGGAAGAGGGGUAAAUGGGAGGAGGGUGCAAAUGUGAGGGGUAAACACAGUUUCCAACACAUUUGCACCCUGUUUGGUUAAUUUGGAACAGUAGGGGGGUGCAAAACAAGAGUGCAAAUUUACUGUUUAGGCUUACCCCGAAUUGGGGUGCAAGGGAAGGAAGGAAGAGAGGGGGAGGGGGGAAUUAUGGAAUUUUAUUUUUCUAAUUGUGUUAUAUAUAAUUAUAUAAUAAUUAAUAUUAUCAAUUCCUUCUUUUUAUAAAUAUCAUUAAUGUAAACAUUAUUCGGGGUUGACCAUUUGACUCUGGAAACAAGUUUAUCAAUGUUCGUCAAGUCAAAUCUAGAUCGCUUGGUUGAAUCGAAUUUGCAUUGAAAAUUAGAGAUACGAGGUGUUUGUGGAAAAGACAGAGAGAAAUUGUUUGGUUAACUCAGUUUAUUUGACUAAAUAGUUAAAACUUACAAAUUCGAACGUGUUUGACUAAGUUUGACAAUUUAAGAUUAAACUAGACACGAAAACCCUAUAUAGGAUGACCAGUUACGAGUUGAGCUUCGAGUUUUGAGAUCGCUCGAUCAAUGAUUAUUACAAUUGUUAUAAUUAAUUAUUAUUUGAGCAUUAUUAUAUAGUAACUAUUUUUAGUAAAGUAUAUUUAUUAUUAUAUAGUAAUAUUUAUUUUAUUAUUUUAUGAUAAGAUUUUAAGAUUAUAAAAUAGUAUUUUAAAAUCUACUUUAAAAUAAUAUAAUUACUUACUUUUCACUCUAUUUGCACCCCCCUACUUUUUCAUCCAAACAACAAUUUACCCCUCCACUUACAACCCCAGCAAUUUGCACCCCCCAGCAAUUUACCCCUCAACUUGCACCCCCUGCAAUUUACAUGUUCAAGAAGUAUCACCUCAUUAGGGGGAUUGAGGAUAUGCCAGAUGGGUGUAUUGGUCAAAUACUCAGAUAUAAUUAGUAGGGCUGGUAAUCAGUCGGUAUCCGGUAUAUCGGGUGCUGGCGUCGUGGCUGCCGAAUACCGAUACCGAAUUUCAGUCGGUAUACCGGUAUACCGGGUAAUCGGUAUUCGGUAUGAACCCAGUAUCCCGAAAACCGUCGAGAAAAAUGGGGAAGAAGAACUGUCGCCGCCGGAAUCGUCAUCUCCGUCGGAAUCUCUGCACUCCAACUCAGCGAACACUCGCCUCCUCCCCUGUUCUUCUUCUUCUUCCCUUCUUUUGUCUUCUAAAUCCUUCCUUUCUUCUUCUACCUCUCCGUCGGCGGCUGCUGCUGCUGGUGAAGAGAAGAGGAUGACGGAGAUGCGGCGUAGCUCUUCCCGUCGGCGACUGCUGCUGGCUGAGGUGGGAGGGAGAUCGAGUUUGGGCUUCGGGGAAGAGAAGAGGAAGAGGAAGCCGAGGCUAGCUGCUGGGGGCGACAGAUUGAAUCAGACAGAGGAGAAAGGACAGGGGCGGCGGGGGUUGUUGAACGGCGAAUUGAAUCGGGGAGGUCGAGGGUCGUCGGGUCGGGGAUGGCGAGAAGGGAAGAGGAGGCUGCUGGAGGCGGCGGCGAGGGGCGCUGCUGGAGGCGACGACACGGGCUGGGGGCGGCUGCUCGGAGAAGGGUUGCGGCUCAGAGGAAAACGCGAGGGAGGGAGUCUGGUUUGAGAAUUUUUUAGGGUUGCUUUGCUGGGUUGGGUUGUUGCGGCAGAGCCCCAAAUUGACAAAUUCAAUCCGCCAAAACCCUUCAGUCUGUGCAUCGCGUUUUGCUCUUUUUUUUAAUAAUCGGUAUUACGGUAUACCGGUAUACCGUUGGUAACUACCGACUCUUAUCCGGUAUUACCGAAUGUAAAAUAUCACGCCCGAAUACUGAUACCAACGGUAUUCGGUAUACCGAAUACCAGUUUACCGAUUACUACUCCUAAUAAUUAGGGAUGACAAUUUCGACCUAACCUUUUUUUGGUGGGAGUAGGCAUGGGUACUCUUCUCAGCUGACCAGCCAUCACCCGCUCCAUUCUCGACCUGUUGUUGCUUAAAUUACAUCUAAUUUUACAUAAAUUAUUUAGAAUUUUACUUUUAUUACCUUAUAUUUUAGUUAUAAUGAUUAAUGAAGUUGUAAAUAUGAGAGAACGCCAACCUCUCAAAUUAUUUAACUACAUUUAUAAUAUUAUAGUUUGUUUUUUUAUGUUUCAAUGAAAAUAAUAAAUAUUUUUAAUGUUUUUCUAUUGAGUCACUUACUCAUAUGGGUCGACCUGUCCGAUCCGCAUCUUUUAAUAAAUAAUCCGACCCAUUAGGGGUUAUGGUAUAGUAUCAUGCCCCAAACUCCGGUUAAUUCAUUGUCUAAAUAGCAAAACUCAACGGGCGUACGGUAGCUAGCGUAUGUCCGGGCGUACGCUAGCCUUUGUCAUAUAUAUAUAUAUGGUGGCGUCUUCGGUGCACUCACUUUUUUGAGUGCAUUCAGUGCACUCGCUUCAUAACCUUCAUUUUAAACAUGCGAUUUAUGUCAAAAUGAUGUCAAUCAUCAGUUAUGAUGAGAUGAACAAUAACACACAUGAAUUUGCACAAAACCCAUUGAAGAUUUACUCUAAUUUGAAGGAUUUAGAGUUUAGAGAUUUAGGGUUUGGGUUAGGGGUUUAUAAUUUGAGCUUUAGGGAUAGAACACAAAAUUGGAGGUCUAGGGCUUAGGGUAGUCCGCUAAUUAGUUGUUAUCGUAUGUUAUAUCAUCAUAUUACACUAAUUCUACAAAUUAAAAUUCAAAAUCCGACACCUUAAGACUAGUUUUUGGGUUGGAUGCAUUGAACGUACUCAUUUUUGUGAGUGCACCGAAGUAGUCACAUAUAUAUUUAUUCGAGUAUUUUUUAUACACAACCCAUGAUUGCUGAGAUGGUAUAUAUCUCGACGGUUAUAAAUGAAGCGUCCCUUGUACAUUCUAAAUUAACCUUAAUAGAAACGCAAAAACAUUGCAUGAAUCAAAGAAAAUAUUGUAAUUCCUCGACUUCGUGUCAGAUUUAAGAGCAUCAACUCUCCUCCCUUCGGACUCACUACUAAGUAUAUCGUAGCAGUGUUAAAAUAGCAAUUUUACUAUAUUUUAAAGCAUUGGCGUUUCAAAGUAUAACUUUAAGUUGUACCAUAACGUUAAAGGUACAAAUUGAAGUUGUACCAGAAAAGAAUUUGGACCUUUAUGUUAUAAUACAACUUCAAAUUACAAAUUAUACCAUAACAUAAUGUACAUCUUUAGUUUGUACUAUAAAGAGAUAUAUACAAAAAAAAUAUAGGUACCACAACUUGAAGCUGUACCAUAACGUUAAAAGUACAAAUUGAAGUUGUACCAUAAGAGAAUUUGGACCUUUAUGUUAUGAUACAACUUCAAAUUACAAAUUAUACCAUAACAUAAUGUACAUCUUUAGUUUAUACCAUAAAGAAAUAUAUACAAAAAAUAUAGAUACCACAACUUGAAGUUGUACCAUAAAUACAAAAAACUAAAGAAUCAAUGUUUAAAGCAUUU